AUGCGUGGCAAGAUGGAGUCAUGGAUCCGUUCUCUGCAAGAGGACAUUGUCCAGGCACUAGAGAAACUCGAUCCUAAUGCUCCCAAAUUCCAGCGUGAUAGCUGGGUGAGGCCUGAAGGUGGAAUGGGACAGUCUUGUGUCUUUGCUGCUCCCACAGCUAGCGAAGGACAGAAAGAAUUCAUCCUCGAAAAAGCCGGCGUCAAUAUCUCUAUCGUUCAUGGAACCCUUCCUCCUCCAGCUAUCAAACAAAUGCGCGCAGAUCAUACCUCGAUGCCGCUACCGGAAGACGCUCCAGGCGGCUUGCCCUUCUUCGCAGCGGGCAUUAGUUUGGUGAUCCAUCCCAAAAACCCGCAUGCCCCGACGUGCCAUGCAAAUUAUAGAUAUUUCGAGAUUACGGAUCCUGAGAGCGCUGCUGCUAGUGCGGAUGUCGCACCAAAAACUCUUGCAUGGUGGUUUGGCGGUGGCUCAGACUUGACGCCCUCCUACCUCUAUCCUGCCGACGCGACUCACUUCCACCAAACCCACAAAUCCGCAUGUGAUGCCUUUUCCCCUUCUUUCUACCCCGCUCUCAAGAAAUGGUGCGAUGAAUAUUUCUACAUCCCUCAUCGCAGCGAAUCUCGAGGAAUCGGGGGAAUCUUCUUUGACGAUCUCCAUGCUGGCCCACACGCACGUCUUCCAGAUAACCCAUCAGAUCACCCUCGUACCCUCGAUUCCAUUUUCGUGUUCGUAAAAAGUCUCGGAGCCGCUUUCAUUCCGGCAUACGUACCCAUCGUAGAACAACGAGCCAAAAUGCCUUACACCGAUGAACAAAGGCGGUGGCAGCUUAUUCGCAGAGGACGAUAUGUGGAGUUUAACCUUGUUGUUGAUCGAGGGACGAAGUUUGGGUUGAUGACUCCCGGGGCGAGGGUAGAGAGUAUAUUGAUGAGUUUGCCAGAGACAGCAAGAUGGGAGUAUAUGUCGGAAAUGGGCGCAGAUGAGGAGACGGAAGAGGGACAACUCAUCCGGGUACUAAAGGAACCGAAGGAAUGGGUUUAG